UCCCGGCUUGUCAUUGGUGGCUCAAGGAGAGGGCGGGACUCGAGCGAGAGGAGCCAAUCAGCAGCGGCGCGCUCUACGAUCCUCGUCUCCGCUAUAAAAGCCGCUCCCGUGGUGCGUGUUAACGUCACAAAUCGUUCGUACUUUGUUUCCAGUGCUUUUUGCAUCCUAGGUCCCUUAACGAUGUCUGGACGCGGCAAGACCGGUGGCAAAUCUCGCGCCAAGGCAAAGUCCCGCUCUUCCCGCGCCGGCCUGCAGUUCCCCGUGGGUCGCGUUCACAGGCUGCUCCGCAAGGGCAAUUACGCCCAGCGGGUCGGCGCUGGAGCACCCGUCUACCUGGCCGCCGUGCUCGAGUACCUUUCUGCCGAGAUCCUCGAGCUGGCUGGCAAUGCCGCCCGCGACAACAAGAAGACGAGGAUCAUCCCCCGACACCUGCAGCUCGCCGUGCGAAACGACGAGGAGCUCAACAAGCUCAUGGGCGGCGUGACUAUCGCCCAGGGCGGUGUGCUGCCCAACAUCCAGGCCGUGCUGCUGCCCAAGAAGACCUCUCAGGCAAAGAAGUGAACGCGCCGCCGCCUCUACCACCACAACAACGGCUCUUUUCAGAGCCACCCACUUGCUUGCAAAGAGCUCGGACAGUCGUGCACAGGGGUUUUGUUAUUAAUAAGGACACCGUCGUCGAGUUGCCCUCGUCCCAAAUUGCUCGCAAUUAAACGAAUGCUUUGCUCAUUCCAGGAUACCCUUAUGUCUAAUUUAGGAACGGUAUUUGAGCAGCAUUCCAACAUUGCAUCAAUCAUGGAACAUGGUUUAGAAUAAAUUGGGAUACCUAUUGGAAGAAAGUAUCGUAUUUUUUAAAGAAUAAAACUCGCUCUUUUUGAGCGGUCAGAUUACAUGUGAAGAGGAGUCGGUGAAUGGUUCAAGCACUUUAAGGGAUCUGCGAGCCACCCUCACGCACCACGCAAACACGACAUCUCCGCUCUCAC